UCAGAAUGAAAUUUCAAGAUGCUGUUUACUGUUUUAUUUUGCUCCUUCUACAUGUAUGUAACAUAGGAGAAACGGUAGGAUUGUUGGUACACGGGAACACAGGGAACUUAACCGACAACAUUCACGGGUUUCCUGGACAAAAUAUCGACCUAGCGGACAUGAUGCAAAUGCUUCUGAACCAGACUGCGGAACUGGACAUUAUGAAACAACAAACGGCGGCAGAGAUAGAAAACUUAAAACAAAAGACUGCAGAGAUAGAACACCUGAAACAACAGACUGCAAGUGACCAAACCACCAUACAGUCACUUCAAAAUCGAGUGUUCUUCCUGGAAGCAGAACUUAACAAACUGAACGUAUCCAAACUCCCCUCUAUCCAGGAGUUCUCCACGUAUCUGAGUAGCAUGAACCAAUUAACUCAUAAUAUGGCGACAAAUGAGGCGAAUGAUAGAAACCUGACACAGAGGUUAGACGUUGCGGUUAAAAGUCUAGAUGACCUUAAAGUCCAGGUUAGAUACACAAGCCUAUCAUUGUUGGAUAUUAGACAGUCUAUGACAGACGAACUGAAUGGUACCUUACAGGCAAUUCAACUGGUUGAGGAUAGAGUAACCGAACACAUUAAAAAUGUGUCUAAAAAAAUAGGAUUUACAGCAUCAAUUUCGUCUGCUAGUUCAACUUGGAAAAGCGGAACUCUGGUAUUUCCUGUGGUCAUCACAAAUUUUGGGAACGGAUACAACUCACGUACCGGGGUAUUUACCGCGCCCAUAACGGGGGAAUAUGUCUUCUUUGUCAAUGUGCAGGCUUACAGUUCCUAUACCAUUUAUGUAGACGUCGUGCUGAAUGGAGUAAUUCAAGUCAGAACAUUUGCGUCUGGUGAUUCUUACAAUACUUACAACGCAGGUCCAAACCUGGCAGUGUUAACUCUACAAAAAGAGGACAGAGUGUGGAUACAAUAUUACACUGGUCAAGGUUAUCAUAGUGACAGCGGUCAUAUAACCACCUUUUCAGGGUUUCUUCUCCAGAAUUAAAUUCAAACAAGGCGAAAUUAAAAGGUUAAAGCGACUGCGAGUUUAAUGACCGUCAAAAUAAAAAUAAAUUUAAAAGCUGUUUAUUUUUAUGUAAACAGAGCUAAAUAUCAGUAACAAGUGAAGGUGUUCACCAAGAUACUUAUCUUCUACUUUGGAAUCGACUCGAUCCUUGAGGCUGCCGUGCCAUGGUAUCACGUGACAGUUAAAAAUAAAUCACUUUUUUUUACCUUAACAAAAAAUAAACAAGAGGCCCAUGGGCCACAUCGCUCAACCAAGGAACAAAAGGAAAGAUAACAUCAGCUUAAUGGAGUCAUAAUACAAACUAUCUGGACAAUGUAGUAUACCACAUGUGGAUCCUGUAUAAAUAAAAAUCCAU